UAAACCUGGAGCCGCCGUCAAGAAGGAUGAGCUGCUUGGUACUGGGAGAGCAAACCUUACCGACAUUAUACUAAAAUAAAAACAGGGAGAAAAAAAGACAGGAAAAAAAACACUGGAUUUUCACUUAGGUAGUUAAUCUGUGGAAGACUGCGUGGACUCAGAGAAAGGAUUUCAUUCAAAGUCUAUGCAAGUGUGUGAGUGUGUGUUUGUGUUGUGUGUGUGUGUGUGUGUGUGUGUGUAUAUGUGUGUGUAUGAGCCUCUGCCUCGGACUCCCACUCAGUGAUGUAAAACGUGAGGGUGGAUUUUGGCAUGAGGAGGAGCAGGUAAAAGGGCUUGAUCGUGAUGGUGCUAUGUAUGGAUAAGAAGCCGUGCCGUCACAGAGGGCAACGUGGGUAAAAGAGACAUGCGACAGCCAGCGCCGCACCACUGCCACCUGUUCCUGGGCGGGGCCUUGUUGCUUCUCCUGGCCCGCUCAGCCCUGAGCUGCCCCGCCCGCUGCGAGUGCUCCGCCCAAAGCAAGUCGGUCAGUUGUCACCGAAAGCGUCUGCCCACCAUCCCGGAAGGCAUCCCCAUCGAGACACGCGUUCUGGACCUCAGCAAAAACAAGCUACGCAUCAUCACACCAGACAACUUCUCUUCGUUCCAGCAACUGGAAGACCUUGAUCUUAGUGACAACCUCAUCAGUGUGGUCGAACCUGGCUCAUUUCGCUCUCAGCUUGCUCUCCGCUCUCUCAACUUCCGCAGUAACUUGCUUCAGCUGGUCCCUGCUGGUGUUCUGUCAGGCCUCACCAACCUCACCCGCCUUGACCUCAGCCACAACCGGCUGGUAGUCCUUCUUGAUCAUGCCUUUCAAGAUCUGCGCAAGUUGACAUCCUUAGAAGUUGGUGAUAAUGAACUGGUUUUUAUCUCUCAACGGGCCUUUACAGGAUUACUUGGACUGCAAAGUUUGACACUAGAACGUUCUAAUCUGACCGUAGUCCCUACUGAUGCUCUUGCACAUCUGCACAACCUGGUUGAAUUGCGAAUGCGCUACCUGAGCAUUAGUUUUCUAAAACCUUUCUCUUUUAAAAGGCUAUCACGCCUCCGCCAACUAGAGAUUGAUUACUGGCCCUGGUUGGAUGCACUGCCUCCACACUCACUGCAUGGCCUCAACCUCACUACAUUGUUCAUAACCAACACUAACCUGUCUGCCUUCCCUGGCACAGCAUUGCGCAACCUACCCUACCUCACACACCUCAACUUAUCCUACUGCCGCAUCAAGCACAUCCAGCAGGGAGAACUGGGCCAACUUCCACACCUGGUGGAGCUCCGCCUCCAAGGGUCUCAGCUGAUUUCUAUUGAACCCUUUGCCUUUGCAGGCCUCAAAUCUUUGCAGCUACUGGAUGUGUCACACAACCGCCUGGACUCUCUGGAGAGGGGAGUGUUUGCCUCACCAGACGGCCUCCAGAGGCUUUGUCUGGGUGGAAACCCAUUAGUGUGCGACUGUCGAUUGCUCUGGCUGCUGAAUAGCCACAAACCACCGUCUCUGCAGAUUCUCGAUGUCCAGCCUGAGUGCAGCGCCCCCGAGCACCUCAUGGGGAAAACUCUGCGUGACCUGAAGGAGCCACUGGUUUCCAGGUACAUGACCUGCACCAAGCCACGGAUUGGACCUAACACAACACAGCUGCUGAUGGCCGAUGAAGGUCAGCCAGCUCGCCUGAGCUGUAUGGCAGAGGGAGCACCUCGGCCCUCAGUGGUCUGGAUUACACCUCACAGACGCUACAUCACAGCCAAGAGCAGCGGUAGGGUGGAGGUCCAACCAGAUGGUACCCUGGAGAUCAAGGCAGCAGAGCUGCAUGACAGCGGGGUGUACUUAUGUAUUGCCAGUAACCCUGCUGGCAAUGCUAGCCUGUCGGCCUCUUUAGCUGUGAAGAGUCUGGGCAUUGGGGACAGAUCUCACUAUAGCAACAGGAGCUCAAACUAUCUGACAGACUCUAACAGCACUUGGGGGAAUGGAACAGUACUGUACAACAUGACAGUCCCCAUAGACAUUAAGACUAUAAUUAUAUCUACAGCCAUGGGCUGCCUGUCAUUCCUAGGUGUGGUUAUUUUCUGUUUCCUGCUUCUUUUUGCCUGGAGUCGAGGGAAAGGACGCCAUAAGAGCAACUUUGAUAUUGAGUACGUCCCACGUAAAUCUAACGGAGCAGCAGCAGACGUGGCAGAAACAAGUGGACCACGACGGGUCAACAUGAAGAUGAUCUGAAAACCAUGCAGACUGAUGCAUACACAGUGCACACAUAUCAGCUGAAAACAUGUUUUCUAUGACACAGUGGAUUUGUGACAACCGAAAGUGAUGUACUAAUAUAGUGGGUGUUGAUAUGAAGGUGAUCUCGUGCUAAAGUGGACAUGUGAAUAUAAAAGUGAUAUAUGAAACUGUGGACGUGUUUAUAUGAAAUAAUGUUCUCAUACAGUACAUUGAAUAUAAUACUAUAACCAACAUAUCAAUAUGGGAGUGAUAUAGUGCUGCACUAGGCAUGUGUUUCUGGUGAUGUGAUGAGUAAUGAUGUUGUCGACUCACCGUGACAUCAAGGUGAAGGAGGGAGCCGCCGGGAGUGACAGGGGACAUCUUUGCGUGGCAGUAGACCUAUCAUCGCUGCAACAUGUCAGGACUAAAUUGUCUAAUACCCAUCUUAGCUGCAGUGUGAAAGGCGUGUGUUACGUCCAUGUGUGCGUGUGGGCGUGUGUCUGUGUGCGCAUGUUGCAUUUGUGUGUUUCUUUGUGCAUGUGCACGUAUUGCCUUUCUUGUCGGACAGAACAAUUAAAAUGAAUGAUAGGGUCCAAAGCAUUUUUCCAGGCCUUUGUUUUUGUUCAGUUAUUGUUACAACAGUAUUCUCACUGUUGAGUAAAACAAAGAUUAUAUAUGUUUGUAUGCAAAAUCAAAGUUAUAUUGAAGAGAAAUGCUGCAUAAAUUUUGAAAUCAUCCCACUUGUAAUGAUUCUAAUGUUAGAAGGGGAUUUUUCUAAAGUCAGAGUAGACACUCAGUAGUGACAACAUGAGUGUGUGAGCUUUAUCUUUACCUUAGAGCUCACCUUCAAGCAACGUAAGACACUUUUCCUGAGAAAUAACAGUGGUCGGAGAUGUUAUUGCUCUGGAAAAGCUUCCAGCUAAAGAAAUGGCAUGUUAAACCCAUUUUAUAACAUAAUAAAUCAUGGGCAGAUUUUCCUGCCAGACAAAUCCCUUGAUAUGAUAUAAAAGAGAUGGUGGCCGGCCACAAUGGCAAAGAUUUACUGGCUGGUGUCUUCUUUGGGACGAGACAAAGUUGAGCUUCAUAGAUUUAUGGGUUGAAUUUCCUUCCUUUCUCAUUUUUCUUUGAUCGCACCAAUUCAAGCUAGCGUGUCCGGAUUCUUCCCUGGGUCAGUAAGGGGUUCUGGGUAUUUAUUAGAUUGCAAUUUGAAAGUUGUAGUGGAAUCUUGUAUUGUUUAGUUUUUUUGUUGGAAAUGUUUUAAAUGUUGAAAAAAAAAAAAAAAGUUUAAAAAAAAAAAAAAAAGUAAAACAACCAAGGGCAACUCUUUGUAACGCAGGGACGUGGGUGUUAAAUUGUGUGAUCCUGUUGUGAUAAAAUGUUCAAGGUUGUAUAAUUGUUUUCAUAUGACAAAUUUAUGGGUAUAUUUUCAAAAGGAAAUAAAUCUUAAUCAUACCCCUA